AGGUACACUUUAGGACUUUGGUUUCUGUUUAUCUUUUUAUCCUUAUAUAUAUACUAAAGCAGGCGACCUUGUUGCAACUGCUGCCAAAUUUCCUUCAACGAAUCCGACUCUCAAGGAGACAACACUGUUGAAGUAAACCGCAGCGAAGACGAGAGAAGUUGGGAGAAGCCAAGUCAUGUCUGGCAAGCACGAGAGAAUUCACGAGGAAAUGGAUGAGUGCGAACGGUUCGAGAUUGAGCGGCCUCAAGCGGAAGAAGCUGCAAAGACCGUGGCUCAAAGUGCGCAGUCCACUCGCGGGCUGGAUCUAAGAACAAUUGCAGAAGUGGUCAACAUGUCCGAGGGGACCGAGGUCACUUUUUACGCCACGAUACAGACCCUGCGAAGUGUAUCCCCAACCCUCGACGUCCUCCAUUUUAGAGACAGAACCGGCUCUAUUCAUGGAAUGCUCUCCCGCACAGCCCUGCCUAUGACCAAAUCACUCCGACUCAGUCCCGAGACCUUCGUCCAAGUCUAUGGUACACUCCAGAAGCCCCUACCCCGCGUCAGCAAAUUUGGCCUCGAAGUCGCCAUCUAUUCCAUUCUUCCGCUACAUGAAAUAUACGAUGAACCAGAAUACUCACUUGCGGAGAUGACAGCCCGCAUACUCGACCUCCGCCUUCCAUCCAAUAAGUCUUUGUUCCGUAUCCGUGCUAUGGUUCUCCGAAACUUCCGCCAGGUGCUCGAGGACCGAGAAUUUAUCGAGAUUCAUACGCCCAAGUUACAGCCAGCAGCGACAGAAAUAUCAGCGGAGACAUUCGAGGUAGACUAUUAUGGUCGACCGGCAUCAUUAGCGCACAAUUCGCAGCUCGCAAAUCAACUUGCUAUAGAAAGUGGCUUCGCAAGAGUGUACGAGGCCGGUCCUGUUUUCGGCGCAAAGGUCUCCAAAACCCAAGGAACUCUUGCUGAGAGUAUUAAUGUGGAAAUCGGAAUGACCUUCGGCCGAUCGUAUCAUGAUCUCAUUCAAAUUGUUGACGACAUGCUGAAGUCUGUUUUCGCCGCGAAGCAGGCUAUUCCCGAACUUCGGGUUGUUCGCGAACGGUGGCCAAGUAAAGACAUCGUGUGGCUUGAAGAGACGCCAAUCAUCACCGUUAAAGAAGCUUUGCACAUGCUCCAGAUCGACGGUCAGAACAUUGCAAAGGAGCAUUCCGCGCUUCGAGAUGAUGUGCGACUAGGCGCAUUGGUUAAAGAUAAAUACAUGACGGACUAUUUCAUCCUUGAUGAACUCUCCACCAACAAGAGACCAAUCUCCGUCGAGCUAGCCGAGGGUCGCCACUGGACGGACCUGUUCAGUAUUUUCUUGCGAGGCCAGAGCAUUUGCACGGGCGGGCAAUGGGUUCCUAGUAAGACGGAGCUUUGGGAUAUGAUGAAGCAAACACAGGCAACCGAAGACGAUAAUGGAAAUUGUCCCAGUGGGCUCGACCUCAGCACGCCACCCCACGGCGGUGCCAGCAUCUGUUUAGAACACUUUCUUGAGGUCCUUCUUGAACUUGACGGCGUUACAUGUGCCUCGUUGUUCCACAGCGACAGCGGAUGAUUGUUGCUCUCCUAGAAACGUGGGUAGCAAGACUUGAGCUCAGAAUGAGAAACCUCGCGUAUGAAGGAGGCCCGUUCGAAACACUGAAGGCGAUUGGUGAAGGGGAAGCGUCCUUCCAUCUAUUGAAGACAGACCUGAUGAAGGGUAAUCUGUGCUUGCGAGGCAUUCCAACGAAUGAGUUCAUUGGUGUAAGGUAAACUGGAUA